CAAUGCAGUGGCGAAAGAACGCCGAAUAUGAUCGAGGAUUAGUGGUGCGAGAGCCACGGUGCGAGAUGGCCGUGUCGUGGUACGCUGUGGUGUUGCUCGCCGCCACCGUUCUCGGGGCGUCCAUUGCGCUGUCAAUGGUCCCAUACAGCGUGCCCCCAUCGGACACCACGCUAAAAUCGAGCCGAAUCAUACGCACACUCAAACGUGUAUCGGAGAAGCAGGCCCUAGAGAACUCAACGUGCGGUCGUGUCUGGCUCACAGUGCACUCCCCCGAGAUCCGACAAAACGCGGGGCGGAGGCUUCUCGACGCAUUGGAGCUUAACUGGGACUUCAAUGGCUGUUCUAACGUUCCUAGACAGAUAGGCCUAUUCGAAAGUAGGCCCUCAUCAUGGGCUAAUGCCUUAGAAAUCCACCAAGUGAACUCGGCGGACGGGUUCGUAGUCACGGAGGUCUCCUUAGGCGAGGCCACGCUGCCCGGGGCCUGGUUGACAGGCCCGGGUCAAAAAGGCCCACAAUGCCUGUGGCCCUGGAUCGCUGCGGGAGACAACGAAAUCCAAGCCCACAACUGCUUGAAGAUACAGCCGACGUGGAUGGAGGACCAUGCGAACCAAAUCAAUCGCCUGCGCAUCGGCGAGCUGGCACUAGCUGGAACCCACAACGCCGGCGCCUGGCGGUUCAACACUGAGAUCAGCACCGUCGCUCGAGACAGCUUCGUGCUGUGCCAAGACCGCUCCAUCUGGGCGCAGCUGGUGCACGGCAUCAGAUACUUCGACUUCAGGAUUGCGUACUACGAGUUUUAUACGAACGAAGACGAUAGGUAUUGGUUGAACCACAACUUAAUCCGAGUCCGUCCACUUCUACCUCUAUUGCGAGAGAUAAGGACUUUCUUAGACAGUACUAAAGAGGUGAUUUUCCUCGACGCUCAUCACUUCCCUGUCGGCUUCUACCAGCAAGACGGGACCCCCAACCGGGCGGUCCACAACGGUCUCUUAGACCUGGUGCGCCGGGAACUGGGACCCCACAUGGCAGACGCCAGGGUCUUCGGCACCGGGGCCGGGACCAGGGGACCCACUCUGCAGUCGCUGAUAGACGCCGAGAAAAGACUAGUCUUUAGUUAUGUCGACAACGCUAUCGUUGCAGAUAACAACUGGCUGUGGCCGGUUCUGCCUCACCUGUGGGCGAACACAAACAGCCCCGUGGAGCUGUUCCAGUACUUAGACCAGGCGAUCACGGUGUCGCCGCAGCCGCACGCGCGCUCGCCCAUGCACUCGGCCAUGGCGCAGACCACGCCCACGGUGCUCGACAUCCUGUUCCUGCGCGGCUCCCUGCGGGACAACGCCGACGCCGUCAACCGUAACGUCACCGCGCGCCUCGCCUCGCGCUGGCGGCAGCACGCCAACAUCAUCUCCAGCGACUUCUUCCUCGGCAACGACGUCGUCGACGUCUCCAUCGCGCUGACCGUGGAGCGCGCCGGCCGCUUAUGACGUCACCGCGUACGCCCGCGCACCGGCGGCCUUCACGUGCGGACCCGCGCUCGCGUCGCCGGGGCCGCGCGCCGCUCGCCCUGGCUGCCGCGCCUCCAGUCGCUCCGAGCCAUACUCACCGACCGACUCAUCAAGCCGCUUCCUGAUCGGAGACAUCCGCCGCCGUGACACACUGCCACAUUCCAAUAACGCGGCGGACAAUAGUGAGAUAUCGUUAGGUACUUUUAUUUAUAGAACACGUGAACUAGUCCAUCGUACCUCCAAGGGACGGGCGUUUUGUAUAUAAAAUAUACUUAUUUGUUGUGCCAAACUUA